AUGAAGAAUGGGAACCAAUACGGAGACCCGGAGGAAUUCAUUAACCUACGUUUGCCUGCCAGCUCAACAGAUCGUAUUCUUUACGACGUGCCGUGUGCUGUCUGUCGGGACCACUCCUCCGGCAAGCACUACGGGGUGUUCGCCUGCGACGGCUGCGCGGGCUUCUUCAAGAGAUCUGUGAGGAGGGACCGGCAGUACGCCUGCAAGGCGCGUACUCCCGGCAGCUGUCUCGUCGACAAAGCGCACAGGAACCAAUGCCGGGCGUGCCGACUUGCUAAGUGCCUGAGCGUCGGGAUGAAUCGUGAUGCGGUACAGCACGAGCGUGGUCCACGCAAUUCUACUAUCCAGCGCCAAAUGGCGAUGGUCUUCAAGGAUCACCCGCCGCGCCAGCAGGGCCCCAUCGACCUUACCACCCCGACGCGCCAAGUGCUGGCCAACCUCCCCGUACCCCAUGUGAACAACUACUACUCGCGUCAAGCACAUGAGUUCCCUGCGUGGCUGGGGCCCUACACCAGGGUGACGUCUGCCUACCUCAGCAGCCCCGAGCCCAAUGCUAUUUGCGAGUCCGCUGCACGUAUAAUAUUUAUGAACAUCAAAUGGGUGAAAAGCGUUCCAGCUUUUUUGGGUUUAAAGUCCCCGAGCGACCAACUGAUGCUGGUCCUACACUCCUGGAAGGAGUUGUUUAUACUGGGCACUGCUCAGUUUCUGUACCCGCUGGCCUUUAGGUGCCUCUAUAAUCCCGUCCACUCCCGCUGUGACAUAAGGGAUGUGGACUUCUUCGAGAUGAUUCUGGACAAACUGGCACGGAUGAGGCCUGACAACAACGAGUAUGCGUGCCUCCGCGGCAUGGCCUUGUUCAAGGCAAACAUGGUGCAGAUGCACCUGCCCGGAGAUGAGCCGGAAAUCAAACCGCUGGAUGACCUCUUGGCGGUGAGCAAUCUACAUGAACGCUCGCGCGUCGUACUCUAUGAGUACAUCGCUAUGCGCUACCCCAUGGCCAUAACUCGCGCCAAGGAGCUGAUCGAGAUCCUGGAACUGACCAGGGCCAUACCAGCUCGGGUGAUUGAGGAGAUAUUUUUUAAGAACACCAUCAGGGACACCGCUUUGCAUCGGAUCAUCGGCGACAUGUAUUCAAGGGAGGAGCCGCUCGUAUAG